UGGGUGUGUCAGUGUGUCUUAGGUUUGCAGGUAGCCUGAGUGAAGGAGCUCAUUUGCACACUGGCUUUGGUGGAAAUUGCAGUCUCCCUCAGAUACAGGCAACCUGAAACCAAGAAAGUACCGUUGGGAAGCUGCUGAAGAACCCAGUCUCAUAGGGGGAAAGGACCACAUAAAGCUGCCAAGAUGUGUGACAUGGGGGGACUGGAUAACCUGGUGGCCAACACGGCCUACCUGAAAGCCCAAGGGGGCGACGAUAAGGAGAUGAAAAAGCGGCGUCGCAGCUUGUCUCUUCCCAAGCCGGAGCAAUGCGCUUCAGCCAGAGGCUCCAUCGAAAAGGACUUCACAUUGAUUUGUGAAAGGCAGCCCAUAGGGAAAAAGUUUUUCCGUGAGUUCCUGGCGAACAAUCCCGAGUUCAAGCUUGCAGCUGAGUUCUUGGACGAGUUGUACGACUGGGAUCUGGCCGAAGGCGCAGCCAAAGACAAGGCACGCCAGAACAUCAUGAACAAGUACUGCAAACCUGACUCCAAGACCUACCUGUCCUUCCUUACUGGGGAGCCUGCGGAGAAAUGCAAAUCCAUCACAGAUGCAAACUUUGAAGAGGUGAUGAAAAGCAAGGUCCAAGAGGGUGUACGAGAAUUUCUGAAAAACAAACCUUUUACAGAUUACCAGGCCAGCCCAUUCUUUGAUAAAUUUCUCCAAUGGAAAGAGUAUGAGAAACAGCCCAUCAGCGAUAAAUACUUCUAUGAGUUCCGAACUCUGGGAAAAGGAGGCUUUGGAGAGGUGUGCGCCGUUCAGGUGAAGAACACAGGUCAGAUGUACGCCUGCAAGAAGUUGUGUAAAAAGCGGCUGAAGAAAAAGGGAGGUGAGAAGAUGGCCCUGUUGGAGAAGCAGAUCUUGGAGAAGGUCAACAGCCUGUUCCUGGUCAACUUGGCCUACGCUUAUGACACCAAGACUCACCUGUGCCUUGUCAUGACCCUGAUGAAUGGAGGAGAUCUCAAGUACCACAUCUACAACAUCGGCUAUGAUGGCAAGGGUGUGGACAAGGGCAUCGAGAUGAAACGCAUCAUCCACUACACGGCCCAGAUCACCACCGGCAUUCUCCAUCUGCACGACAUGGAUAUUAUAUAUCGUGAUAUGAAGCCCGAGAACGUGUUGCUCGACAGCUUUGGCCAGUGUCGACUUUCAGACUUGGGUUUGGCCAUUGAGCUUGCUCCUGGGAAGACAGUCACUCAGAUGGCCGGUACAGGAGCUUACAUGGCCCCUGAGAUUCUGACCAGAACUCCCUACCGGACAUCAGUGGACUGGUGGGCCCUGGGCUGCAGUAUCUAUGAGAUGGUGGCUGGCUACACACCUUUCAAAGGGCCCGAGAGCAAAAAAGAAAAGGUGGAGAAGGAGGAGGUGCAGCGCCGCAUUCAGAACGAGGAGCCAAAGUGGGAGCACAAGUGCUUCGAUACUCCCACCAAAGAAGUCAUCCAGCUCUUCCUCAAGAAAAAAAUCGAAGAGCGCCUGGGCAUGAGGAACAACAUGGAAGAUCCCAGGAAACACGAGUGGUUCAAGACCAUCAACUUUCCCCGUCUGGAGGCAGGGCUGGUGGACCCUCCCUGGGUCCCCAAACCCAACGUGGUCUACGCCAAGGACACCGGCGACAUCGCCGAGUUCUCCGAGAUCAAGGGCAUCGAGUUUGACGCCAAGGACGAUAAAUUCUUUAAGGAGUUCAGCACAGGCGCCGUGCCCAUUCCAUGGCAGCAGGAGAUGAUUGACACUGGACUGUUCGAUGAGCUCAAUGAUCCCAACAGAAAAGAGGGGGGCGGAGGCGGGGACGACGAGAAGAAGUCUGGCACGUGUACAGUGCUGUGACCGGGCACUUGCUUGGCAUGACGCAGCAGAUUCCAUUCGAUGAUUUGUUUCUCUCAGUCUCACGAAUGGCAACAUUGAUGUAAAAAAAAAAAGAUAGAAGAAGAAGUGGAUCAUGUUUCGUGAGAGGAGAGCACGAGCGCUUUUGUGAGGAUGCUCAGGGCUUAGAGAUCAGCUGCUCUUAAGGCAGCGUCAGUAAAAAUAUGAAAGAUGUGGUGAUGUAUUUUACACAUCAUUCCUGAUUCACAGGUUCUCUUGAAGACACGCAUAUCUAAUGUUGUAGACUUGCAACCAUACCGACCAAAAAAUGCUUUCUAGGAGUACAUUUUUUUUCCAUUAAAGAAAUUAGUGUUAGGAGAGUGUGCUUAAGGCCUUUGUGCCAGAAAUGCUGUAUUAUUUUAAUGAAAAAAUAACUAACUAAAAUAUGAAAACAGUAUUUGGAGGAUUACAAGCAGAGGCAACUUUAUAUUCAGAAUUACAUUUUGAACAAAAAUUCUAAAAACAGAUUCAAAAGUGGAAUGAUACUCUUAAAACAGGUCAGUUUUAGUGAACUAUGAAUUCGUAGCCCUACAAUAACAUUUACUGAUGCGGUGAAGAGGCCAGGUUCUUUUCAACCACAUUUGUAUCCUAAAUGAAGAUUUACAUCCAGGCGGUUGUCUGUACAAUCAACAGUUUAGUUUUAUAAGAAUUAUUAAAGCAAUUGUAAGUAUUGUAAAUAAAAAAAUAUAUCUAUAUGUGUGCACAAAGCAAGAAAAAAAAAAGUAAUAUCUAAGAUUUAGGCAUAUUUUACCAAAAAAGUAAGCAUACGGGCUGACUCCCCAAAGAGUCUCUCAGCAGUUGGUGCUCUGAGGCCCAACAUAAAUGGAGACUGAGGCCCUGGGAUGUUGUUGGUGAGAUGACAGCAGAAAUAGCAGCUCACUGCUGCACAAGACAGAAGAAAAUUUUGAGGAGUUGGGCAAUAAAUUCCUGCACCAGGAAUUCUCUGUCCAUGGCCCUGAAACACUGUGACAAUUCAGGGCUUUUUUCUUAGUUUGAGAUACAUGUGAAUAACUCAAACUAGCCAGAUAAUGGAAAACGGUCCACUAUUUGGGUGAAUGAGUUUAGAUACUUGGGAUAGGUAAAAAAAAACAAAAAAACUCCAUGUUAUUCUUGUUUACUUGUCUCAGGGUAACUAUAUACUUGAGUUUUUAAAAAAGACAGAUCAUGGAGUUUUUACAGGUAAUGUCUUUAUCAAAUAAAUGUAUGAUCAUGUACUUGUAAAUAAAAUGAGAGGAAAACUUUAGAAUCGUCAGAUGUAAGUCAGAUAUUUCCUUGAACCUUGAACCACUUGAAAAAAUUAAAAUAU